AUGUUCUUAACGAUGAGAAUUUUUCCUUUGAUUUUGACCACGGCAUUCGCAAUCGAUGACCGGUUCCUAUCGUUUGCCGAAGCGCACGCCUACUGCAAGAGCCUUGCUCCACUGACAGUUUCGGACACAGCUGGCUUGGCGGUCCUGCAUUCAUACGAAGAUCACAUGUUUGCUGCAAGUCUUCUCUCGGAGUUGCCCAUGUUGCCGGCCAACAACUCCAGGUACGGCAAGCUGCCCUCCAUUUCAAGACUCGAGGUUGCCUGGCGACGUUAUCAUUGGCUGGGUCUAUUCAAUUACCGUCAUGGAUCGCAUACGGUUGACGAAUCCGCCGCUUGUUACGUCCCUCACGAAGUUUCCACCGAUCUGCACAAUUCUCUAGAGGAGUUACCUACAUGCUUCGCGAUUUCUGGUUCACCGGAAGUCAGUAGCUUUGCUCGUCUAUCGGCCGAAUUUGACUGCAGCGAGAAGUUGCCCUUCGUUUGCUCUUUCCGGCCUGACCAACUCGCUCCAGCUCCAGAAAAGGUCAAGCAGCCUCGAGCUGUUUGCCCAGAAAACUACGCGGUCUACAGAUCUGCUCGGGGUGUAAACUGCUAUCGAUUUGCCGCCUCCUGGCUCGGCUCCUACGACGAGGCCGCU